UUGCUUAGCCAUUAAGAAGCUUUUUACAACUUUAGUAAAGCAGGGAGGGUUAUAUAAAGAAGAUGUCUAUCACAACUUACUCUUCCCCUCCUCCCUCUUUUCCCACCAAUUUUCUUCUUCUUGUGUGUUCACAUUGAAAGAUAUGGAUAAUCGCACAGCUAAAGACAUUGGUGUGAAGAGAAGUGCUUCUGAGUUGGAUUUACAAGAGUGUCUCAUGACUAAGGCCUUGUCUUCUUCUGCUUUAUCCAGACAAGAAUCUAUUCCUGACACAAGCCCUCUAGACCCUUCUUUUGGUCUCAUGAACCAGGAUUACACAUGUGAGUUAAGAGAUAGUCUUUUGUUAUCUGAGAGCUUGGUUGCGGCUGGACUUUUUCUCGAUGCACAGUCCUCGAUCUGCGAAAAUCUGUCAGCUGAUAGUCCAGUGUCAGCCAAUAAACCUGAGGCAAGAGGAAGAGCUCGGAAAACUGCGAGUGGAUUUUCUCAUGAUCAGUCUGAUGAAGAAGAUGCAGAGACAGAAGCUGGCCAAUCUGAAAUGAAUAAUGACCCCAAUGAUCUAAAACGUAUUAGAAGGAUGUAUUCAAACAGGGAAUCAGCAAGGCGGUCUAGGAGAAGGAAGCAAGAACACUUGGCAGAUCUUGAAUCUCAGGUUGAUUCUUUGAAAGGAGAAAACUCAACACUGUACAAGCAGCUCAUAGAUGCAGCACAACAAUUUCGUAGUGCUGGAACAAAUAACAGAGUUCUCAAAUCAGAUGUUGAAGCUCUGAGAGCCAAGGUGAAACUAGCAGAAGAUUUGGUAGCUAGAGGGUCCCUCACUAGCAGCUUGAAUCAACUUCUGCAAACUCAUCUAAGUCCACCACCACAGUCCAUCAACAGUCUGCACUACACAAGAAAUACAUCACCCGCCAUUACAGUCCACAGCGACCAAUCUCUGUUCCCUGGAAUCACACUUUCUGGGCAGAACUCAAGCCCUGGACUUGGUAAUGUAUCCAGCGAAGCUGUUAGCUGCGUCUCAGAUAUCUGGCCAUGAGUCUCUUUCUUAACAAUGUGCAAUGAUCACUCUUCGAAUUCCCUGUAUGUGUUUCACUAUAUAACUAGAAACAUAUAAUGAAAUCGACAUG